CACGUGCCUCUGUAUCCCCAAGAAUUUUAAUUAAUAAGAUCCAUACUUGUCUAAUUACAACCCCACUUAUUUCGUCCCCAGUAUAAAAGAUUCAAAUUGAAUUUAAUUAAUUAGUUCUUCAUCAUCUUCUCGUGAUAUGGCUCUCAGGAUUGUGAGGAAUUUGGUUUUGUUCGCCGUUUACUUCAAGUUUAAUGUUUCCGGGCAGGACUUUAACAAUCUCGAGCCGGAUGGUUCAUUUUCAUUCGGAUAUAAUAACCCGGAUUCGUACCAUCGCAGUCAGGGAAAUAGAAAUAACGUAGUUCGUGGCGAUUUUGGAUCUAGGAACCCAGCAACAGGCGCCAUAGAUUCAAUACAAUACACUGCUGGUCCCAGAGGUUUUAGACCACGCGGAAAGAACGUUGCUCGACAAUACGAUUUUAAUCAAGUACGAACCGGGCCAAUUGGAUCACGUGAUGAUCCCAAUUUCGACCCUAAUGAAGAUCCUAGUUACAAUUUCGCCUUCAACACCAGAACAUACACUCGACAAGAAGCCGCUAACAGGGUUGGAGAUGUAACCGGGAAAUUUUCUUAUUUGGAUGACAUUGGUGAAAGACACAAUGUAGAAUUUAUUGCUGGUAAAAACACAGGCUUCCAUGUUAGAUCUCCGGUACCCGACAACAAACCGCUGCCGUUCUCCCCAAUUCAGUAUGUGGGAAAACGGAAACCAGUACCACGAGGCAGAACCACAGUUCAGCGAGGAUUAGACGGAAGUUACAGAUUUGUCUCCGGCGGACCAGACCACCGCAGAACCGAAACUAGCGACUCUACCGGUCACGUCAGAGGAUCUUACACCUACCUGGACGAUAAAGGCGUUAGACACUCGGUGCAUUACAUAGCUGGCCCUGAAACUGGAUAUCGCGUUUUGAAAAACGUGAAAGGUCCGCAUUUGCCGACUAUAUACCCAUUCAGCGGCGCGGAUAUCGUCCCACCGAAUUUCUAUAAUUACCCACUCCCAGACGAUGUUUUUGACACGGCCGCCACCGGUCUCGUGAAUCCAAACAAAAACGGUUUAAAACCUUCAAAGGAUCAAGGGGGUGGUACUGACGAUUUUAAUUACGGCUCCGGCGACGACUUUUUUGGUGGACGACCUAACUUUGGUUCAUCCGCGAAAAAGCCUAACCGGCCAUCUUACGAGGACGACGGUUCCGAUUUGGGAGAUAUCUUUGACACACCUUCAAAAGGUGGGUCAGGUAGACCAAAUUCAAAAGGAGGCAGUGGAGACUCAGAUGACGGUUCUUAUAAACCGAGCGGAGAAGACGGAUCGUAUCGACCGGACCAAACUGGCGGAGGCGGAUUGUCUAAACCUGGAAGUAAACCCGAUGGCGACGGCGUAACGGGGUCCGGAGGUACUGGGGGAAGACCUAGUGGAUUCGGAGGUCAACCAGAUGACGAUUAUGGUGAUUAUGGCGGCAGACCAACAGGUGAUAGUAAACCGUCGGAUUUCGGUAUGUCGUCACAAACAGGAGAAGGGAGCAGUGGCGGAACCUCAAAGCCGAAUCGACCUAAUUAUGGGAGUAUGGACGGAAGUAGUGCUAAUGAUGGAUUUAAUUUAUUCGACACUGGCCCAGCUACUGGUGGCGAUAGCGGUGCAUUUUCCAGUGCGGGAGGCGGCCCAGUAUACGAAGGAAAUGCGGGAAAAUUUGGCGCAUCUGGUGGUGGAUUUUAUAAUGAUGGGGGUAGUAGCAGCGGAGGAGGUACUUUAGUCACCAACAUCGGAGACCGACUGUUCUCGGUACCACCUGGUGCAUCAGUGCGGGCACAUGUCCAAGCUAUAGAUUUAUUACCCCUCAGGCCUAGAUCUCUUUCACCCAGUGAACAAUUGAAAAUGGAAACUAAGGAAUUAAAAGCGGAAAAUUCGGAUAACAAAGAGCAAGUAACUAACAGCGAAAACAAAGAAGCUGCCUCUGACGUUCUGCCAGAAAAAUAAUUAGAUUAUAAUAUUUAUAAUUUAUUGCAUGUUAUUUAUUGUGAAAUUUGAUUAAAUAAGUACUGAUAA